CAACCUUGAUGGUGUGCAUUUUAAAGGUCGCGUCAGCAUAGAUUUGGUUUUGUUUUAUUUAUGUUACAGACUGUUUUGUGUAUCAAACAACUGAGAAAAAAAGAUAUUUACAGACUGAGCCAACAGAGCAAGUGUGAGGAAGUCGUUUUUUCAUCACAUUGUUUCGCUGUAUCUGCUGUCUCAGAUGCCUCACUCAUUUGUUUUUAGCUUUUGAACAUGAACGCCGUUCAAAAGACCUACUACAUUUUCGGAGUUCUUUUGUUUUUACUUCAGCAGGAGAUAUGUGCUGAAAAAAAGCCAGAGAUUGUACAUAAAGCUGUUGGGAGUUCCCUGCAUCUAUUUACGGAUUAUCCAAAAGACAGUCUUACUCAAAUUGAUUGGAAAUUCUGUCAGAAAACCUUUGCUGAGUAUGAUCAAUCCAAGUUCACCCUAUUUACAGAUAUAAACUACUCAUUUUAUGGAAGGUUACACACUAAUGAGAGUGAUAUAAGUGUUACAGUUAAAAACCUUCAGUUAAAUGAUUCUGGAAAAUUCUCAAUUGUUCAAGAAGGAAAUGGAAUUCAAUUUGAAAUGAAAAACAUUCAGCUACAUGUGCAUGAUCCUAUCAGCGCUGUAAAGAUUCAGAACAAUGUAAAUUGGCUGCAGUCAAAAAACAUGUGUACGUUUCAUCUUCAUUGUGUGACGUUUGGGCAUGUGAAUGCCUCCUUUAACUGGAGUGGGUAUCAGGUGGGAAAUGGACCACACUUGUCUUUCAAUCUCACGGCAGAAGCGAGAGCCACAUUAAACUGCACAGCCAGCAACCGUAUCAGUGUCAAAUAUACUACUACAACUGUGAUGUGCAAAAAGGAAAAUGGAUCAAAUGUGACAUCAGGUAUUCCUCAGGACUUGUUGCUCAUUGCAGUAGGGGCUGAAAUUGCUGGCAUUGCUAUGAUUAUUGGAAUUAUAGGAGCUUGCUACAAGUGGAGAAAUCCGAAAGGGGAGAGUGAGGCUGGAAUUGCAGUGUAUGAAGAUGUAAAGCCUGAUUCUGUUAUGAAGAAGCGGUCAGAGAGUUUGAAUAAUGGAAUGUCUAUUUAUGAAACAGUGGGUUACAUGAAAGUCACUCCAAAGCUGCCUCCAGACUCUUCCUACAAUCUACGGACUCUUUAUGACAAAAUCAACUUUGAACAUUACCCGGCAGUCACACCCACCACUUCCUCUCCCUACCAAGUUGUGCUGUGAGUUACACAGACACAGACUAUUUAUGCUUCAUUUUAAAUUCACAUCUGUGGAUCUGUUUCAUUACUAUAUGUUCAUACGUAUUAUUGCCUUAAGAUGAUUGCUUUAAAAUUCUGACUGAACCCUUGCAUUAUACUAUCUUAAUAUGUGCUCAAGCAUAUUAUAUGUGCUCGGCUGUGGUGCUGAACUUUGUAACAGUGAAUAUUGCAAUGCACAGGCCCAAGAGCACUUCAGCUAUGACUGAAUAUUCUAACUGAACAGUAAUUGUUUGGCUGUUUUAUUCUGGAAGCCAUUUAAUCCAAUUAAUUUUUAUCCAUAUGUCAACAGUGAAGAAACUUUACAAUAUGACUUUUUGGCAUUAAAACAUGUUCAGUAUUGAAUCUUGGUGUAAAGAAUGUUGAGU